CGUAUGAGGGCAAAUAUAAUGAAGCUGUCGAAUCGAUGGAAAUGAUGACUCUUGACAAAGAAAUGGCUGAAGAAAAAGCCGAAAAUUUGCAACACGAAGUAAAUUUAUUGAAAGAAAAAGUGGAAGAAAUCAGUGUAGACUUAACUGUAUUCAAACAAGAAGGCGAAAUUAUUCAAUUAGAAAAGCAGAAUGAUCGUUUAAAGGAGGCUCUUGUGAAACUUCGUGAUGUGACGAGUGAACAAGAAGCAGAACUUAAUAAAAAAAUCAAGAGUUUAGAAAAAGAAUUGGUUUCUCUUCAGGAUAUUCAAGUUCAACAUGAUCAAAUGAAAAAUCAAUUAAAAGAAGCCGAAAAUGCUAUAGAAGAUUUAAAGAUUCGACUUGAUGAUGCUACGAAUGCCGAUUAUAUGCUUGAACAACUUACUGACAAGAAUUUGGCACAAGGAGAGAGACUUGAAGAAAUGAGAGUUACGAUUGAAGAUCUUGAAGCUCUGAAAGAAUUAAAUGACGAGCUUGAAGAAAGUCACAUCGAAAACGAAAAACAACUUCAAGCUGAAAUUGAUCAUAAAGAUACACUUAUUCGAGAAUAUUUGAAACGCAUUGAGAUGUCUGACGAAACCAAUGCUGAUUAUGAAAAUACUAUAAAUCAAUUUCGUGAAUUAGUGGCUAAUUUACAAAGUGAUCUUGAACAAUUCCGUCAAAAAGAAGAAAGCCAAUAUUCAGAAUCAAAGAAUCUUAGCAGCCAAUCGCAGACUAUGCUUGACCUGAACUUCAAGUUACAAUCUACUGUUCUAAAAGCUCAAGCAAAACAAAUAGACUUGGAACUUCGUAAAUUAGAUGUUACUCAAGCAUCGGAGAAUUUAGCCUUUGUACAGCAAGUUGACCAAAUUCAUAAUAUUCCAGAAAAGCUAAAUACAGUAGUUCCUGAAGAAUUAAUGGCCGUUUGUGAAUUCCGCCAAAAACUCGCAUGGUUUUCCGAUAUAGCUAGACGCCUUGUUUCGUUUGUUAAUACUUGCCCUGUUGAAACUUUCCUUAAAAUGGGUCAAGUUUAUCAUGAUUUAGUUGGAACUGAGCGUCGACUCCAUGGGAUAGUAGAUCAUUUGAGAAAAGAAGAGCUUAAGGAGGCUGAAUGUAUUACAGAUGUUCAAAGAUCCAUCGCUCAACUUGAACAUCUUGCUGAGAUAUACCUUUCAAACACCAAAAUCGAUGAAGCAGAUAAAUUAUUUGCUUACAGUAGAGGAUUAGACCUAAAUGCAGAUACUAUGGCGGUUUCUCUUGGUCAUCUCAAACAAGCUGUUGCACUUGCUUGUAAAGAUGAAGAAAUCAACGUAACAGAAGGAAUUGAUAAAUUUACUUCCGAUUUCUUCUUACCACUUCAAAGUUUGGUUUCUCAAUCUAGAAGCAGUAAAGUUAUGGCAAGGAAAUUAAUUCGUCGAUUGGAUGAUAUGGCGGAUCAAAAUGCGGGGUUAAAAUCCGACCUUCUUGCUCAAUUCAAGAUGUGUUUCUCACUUAGCACAAAAUUAACUUCAUUCAGUCAAGAGGUUUGGAAGGGUAUAUCCGCUUAUAUUAAUGAGAAGAAAGAUACAAAAGAAGAGCUAUUACUUAGUGGUUUACAACAAAUUAUUUAUCGAGUUACCGAAAACAUAUUAGGAAUCAAUGAAGUGAAUAUGUGGGACGGAUGCACUAAGUCGUUACUUACAUUAUGUUCAGAGAUUAGUAACUUAAAUAAUGCAUCAAAUGAUCCUGAAAAUACCACCUAUGUUAAAAAGGGAGAAGCACCUUGGAAUAUUAGAGCGAAAGAAAUAAAGGCUGAGUUGCUUGUAAAUGCUGAUAUGGAACGUAAAGCUCAACUGCAGCAAGAAGAAAUUCGUGAUUUGAUCAGAGAAAAGAAGGCAAAGGAUCAACUUUUGCAAGAAUCUAGUGUUAAAAUAGAGUUAUUAGAGAAACGUAUGGAAACUGUUAAGAAACAGGCUGAUAAAAUCAACGCUCUGGAGCAAGAACUUGAAAACUCAAGGAAACAGGAAACAGACUUUGAAGAAGCUAUGGAAAGUCUUCAGCUAGAACUUGAAAGUUUAGAACGACAGAAUCGACAAUUUGUCACACUUGCAGGAAAUAUUGAAGACGGAGCUAUUCCCUCUUGUAAUACUGAAUUAAAGGAUGAAGAUAUUGAAGACGAUUUAGGAAGGUACGCGGAUACUAAUCCGCUAGAAAAUCAGAGAUUAGUUAGCCAGAUCGAAUCUUUGAAAUUUGCUAUUCGUUAUCUUAGAGCUGAGAAUUCUCAUUUGAAAGGUAAAGAUGCGUUAAAUGCAUUAGAUUGGCAUUUGCAACCAAAGAGACGCAAGGCUUUUAAGAAUCAAGAUGAAGAAGAAUUGAUGAAAUCUGUAGCGUUAGAGGCCAAAUCACUACUAAAGGAUUUCCGAAACGUUAGUGCUUCACCUCGAAUUAUUGACAUUACCAGAACAUUAGAAAAUCAAAAACAAUGGAGACCGUUAAAGAUGACUCCGGAAUAUCAAUAUCAAGCACAGCAAUCAGUCAUGUAUACUUUUCAACAACGAAGCAACGAGUUAAAAUCGAAGCUUCAAAAGCUUGGAAAAAACAAUUUACAAAAGCCUUCAAAGAAUGGUGGUGUUGGAAUAAAACCUUCAAUUAUUGGACGAAUUCGUUUACCCGUUUUAGACAAUGCUAAAGAUUUGGAUAAUUCUUUUUCGAACCAUCAUAAUAUUAAACUUAAGAAUCCAUUGGAUUUUGAAAAAAUUCAUACUAUAUUUGUUAAUUAA